CCAUCACAUCACACAUACCUACCACAACAACGUCAUCCAUAUUCCGAGGUUGAGAUGGCUCAGGAUGGCCGCGAAGGCCAUCGUCAUGGGCUCAAUGAGGAAAACAACGACAAUUCAUUAGAACUGAUCUCUGCGCUGCAAAGGACGUUGAUUGAAUUGUCGCAAAAUCCGUACCCCCACGUUCCCAAUCCCCCCGACUGCAAGAAACGGGCUUCCGUCGCACUGGUAUUGCGCGUACGACCAAGCUUCCACCAUCCAAGGCCAAGGGUGGAUGCGGCGCAGAAACAAGAUCAAGAUGAGGAUAUAAACUCCCGCGAAACGGCACUGGAGCGCUUCUUCCAGCAGGAUUGGGUCCGGCAUGGGGACCCUGAAGCUAUCUUCAUUAAGAGAGCGUCGCGUGAAGGCGAUCGCUGGACUGGCCAUGUCGCUCUGCCUGGAGGGAAACGAGAUGUAGAAGACGCGGAUGAUCAGGCGGUCGCUGUGCGAGAGACGCUGGAAGAAAUCGGUUUAGAUCUCAAGUCCCCUCAUGCCUUGUUCGUGGGUAAUCUUCCAGAGCGAGUUGUCAGCUACGCAUGGGGGAAAGUACCGUAUGUUGCUUCCCUACACCCUUACUCCCAAUCUUCUUACCCCCUACUCUUACACUACUCGUACAGCCUUCGCAAACGAGAAAAACACUAGUACUAAUACUGACACCAAGACUGAUAUUGACACUAAUACUCACAGAAUCAUGGUCCUCUGCCCCUUCGUCUUUCUCUGGACUGAACCUGGUCUACCUCCACUACAAUUGCAGCCGGCCGAAGUGGCUUCGACGCACUGGGUCUCUCUUCGAGUCCUGCUUUCCCCCCAGACGCGGACAUUCGAAUACGUUGACAUAUCCGACCGAUUUGCGCGACGAGGAGGACCUUUGCUCAAGAAGAUGCUACGCACUCUAUUAGGGAAAAUGCGCUUCUCAGCCAUUCAACUCAUCCCAUCCGAGUCCUUAUUUUGCAGCUCUACCGACGAGUUUCUGCCACCAGAAGGGGCUUCUGCGACAGUAUCGUGGAGAGGUCGACUCUAUAGCUGGACUCAGGGAGGGGAGACAAACGACUCAGCUGCAACGAGACCCCUAUUGCUCUGGGGCUUGACUCUCAGCAUGCUGGCCGAUUUUCUGGAUCAAUUGCCGCCACAUAACGCGGUUCAAUUGUGGUCGUACCCAACUUUCACUACUUGGGACGUUCGUUGGGUGAUAAACACCCUCACCCGAUCUCUCAAGCGGAGAAACGAGACGAGACUGCAGCGUGAUGGCAUAAAUCAGACUGCCGUUGAUAGUGAGACCCAAGCCGUUGCCACAAGUGGUAACCCAAGGUUUCUUGGCGGAUUGAGUGAUGGGACGGAGCCCUCAACGCAAGGGAAGAAUGCGUCAAGAUCAUAUGCUGUGGGCAUUAUGCUUGAGGGGUAUUAUGAUAUGGCCAGAAAGGGGAUUUGGGUUGCGGCAAGUGUCCGACUGAUCUCAACAGCUGCCUUGACGAUCUUGUUCAUUCGGAGAUUGAGAAAUAGUUCAAACUAAUGCAUAGAG